AUGGAGACUUCCCUGGUGAUGAAAAAUUCCCUGGGAUUGCAACCUCCAAGCCACACAUUUUGUGUGACACAAACUCAAGAAAUCCCCAUGUCCUGCAGUAGCAGAAAUAUUCAGAUACUUGAGAGUAACCCACCACUUAAACUUGGGGACAUUUCAGUGACAGCUCCAGUCCAGAGUGCCAGUACUCUCCUGGCCCUGCCUCCAGCUCCAAGCCAGGGACAAAUAGAGAGUAAGAACUUGGAUGAUAUUAAAACCAAGCUUUCAAAGCCUCUGGAUGCCUACCAGAUCCCAACAGAAAACAAAGAUCCUCCACUACUCCCUUUAGAAAUCCCUGAGAUCCACCAGCUGCUGGCCUGCACUGAUCCCCUGAGCCAAGAGGAGCAGCCUGGUUCUGAAAAUGCUGAUCUGGGAAAGAACAGCCUGAGUCGUGAGGACCUAGGGAGACUUGAAAAUGGGAUUGAAUGUAGCAGUGGUUUUGCAGACAUUACUACACUGGCGGAGGAUAUUCACUUUCCCCAGCUCUUUAAUUCUCUGAAAGAUAUGGAUCAAUCCCAAGGUCCCAACGUGAUCAAAGCCAAAGAUACCAGAGCCAUUAAGGUGAAUCAGGUGCAGGAAAAGCCAAGUGUCAUAAAGGUUCCCUCUGAUCAACCCAGGAAGAACAAACAUAAAGCCUCUGAGCCUAACAGUGGUGCUCCCAAGGCCAAAAUCCAGCCAAAGAAUCCAGAGUGCCCGUGAGGGGGAGAAGUGGUUAUAUGCAAUGCUGCAGUCAGUGACAGGGCUCCUGUGAACACGGCCAAGCACUCUAAAGGCAAACUUCAGAAAGCUGCAUCCAGAAAGAUCAGCAAAACUAAGAGCCAUGGGCAGGAAAAGACCAAAAGGACCAGAGGAAGAAACAAGGCUGAAGAGAAUAAGCAGUCAGGGAACAAAGUCAAGGCAGAAGAGAAGCCAACAAUUCCCGAGACGAAGCGAAAGAAACACCAAAUUGAGCUUCUCCAAGAGAGCUUUAAAAAGCCUCGAACCUCCCUAGGCGUGCGCAUGCUGGAGUCUGUGAAGGUUUUUCAUGCACUGGGGAAGAAGAAUGAUCAGAAAACUGGGCUCUCUUCCUGUCGGGUCUUGGGAAAUUCAAGCAACCUGAAAGACCCCCGGCCACCCCCAGGUAUCCAGUCAUGGCAGCAUACCCCACGUGAGGGUAAGAGUCCUGAGAAAACUCAAGUCAAAGCCCAGAAACCAGACAGCAGUGCUGAAACAGAGUGUCCAUCUCCAUCCCAGUAUGAGCUGCCUCCUCCUGGGAAGGUCAAGUUGAUACCUCUGACUUUUUCUGCCUGGGACAAGCCUCAGGCUCGACCUGCUCCUCGGAGGCCACAGUCUCUGGCCUCACAUCAGCCUGCUGUGGCUUACUGUGCCCAGCCUGGUUCCACUAACUCAGCUCAACCUGCUGCAGUCAAUUCAUAGCCAGCUCUUGCCUCUCUGCCAGGUCCUGCCAAACCAGCUCAGCCAACUGUGACCAACCCAACCCAACCGGGUUUGAACAACCAUACCCAGCCUAGUGUCCCUCAGUCUGCUGCUCCUAGGCCUUCACCCUACAAAACUUUAUCUUGCACUUCUCUCCAGCGGGAGCCUGUUCCCCUUGCUGUGACUAAGCGCCAGUCCCCACCCAAGCUCCAAAACCAAUUUCUACUCCAAGACUUCAGCAAGCAACGAAUUCCAUGGAGGGAACCCAAUGUGCCUGAGCCAGUAAUGUCAAAGCCCAUCGAACAAGAGCAGAGGCCAGAGCGGGAGGCCAUGAAGAGGCGGGCUCAACAAGAACGUGAGAAUGCUGCCCAAUACACCUCUUUGGGGAAACUGCAGUUUUUCAUUGAGAGGGAAAAAGAAAUGGAAAUUGCUGACUACUACGGAUAUGGACAUAAUCUGUCACUUCCCUACCAGGAAGGAAGCCAGGUAUAUUACUAUAACCAAGGCACAGUGGGGUCUUUACUGUAUGGAGAACUUGGCUCCCGCCUGCAAUUCUAUGGCUCUAUGUCAUACACAGGAAGUAAGGCCUCUGUGCAACCAGAAAUUGUAAUGGGACUAAAGGAGAUUCAGCCCCCAAAUAUCCUACCACCAGCUUCCACCUCUGGAAUCUACUACCCUGUGUCUGCACAACCCAUCACAGAAACAAGUUUCAAAGUAAUGAUGGAGACUCCCCUGGUGAUGAAAAAUUCCCUGGGACUGCAACCUCCAAGCCACACAUUUUGUGUGACACAAACUCAAGAAAUCCCCAAGUCCUGUAGUAGCAGAAAUAUUCAGAUACUUGAGAGUAACCCACCACCUGAUCUUGGAGACAUUCCAGUGACAGCUCCAGUCCAGAGUGCCAGUACUCUCCUGGCCCUGCCUCCAGCUCCAAGCCAGGGACAAAUAGAGAGUAAGAACUUGGAUGAUAUUAAAACCAAGCUUUCAAAGCCUCUGGAUGCCUACCAGAUCCCAACAGAAAACAAAGAUCCUCCACUACUCCCUUUAGAAAUCCCUGAGAUCCACCAGCUGCUGGCCUGCACUGAUCCCCUGAGCCAAGAGGAGCAGCCUGGUUCUGAAAAUGCUGAUCUGGGAAAGAACAGCCUGAGUCGUGAGGACCUAGGGAGACUUGAAAAUGGGAUUGAAUGUAGCAGUGGUUUUGCAGACAUUACUACACUGGCGGAGGAUAUUCACUUUCCCCAGCUCUUUAAUUCUUUGAAAGAUAUGGAUCAAUCCCAAGGUCCCAACGUGAUCAAAGCCAAAGAUACCAGAGCCAUUAAGGUGAAUCAGGUGCAGGAAAAGCCAAGUGUCAUAAAGGUUCCCUCUGAUCAACCCAGGAAGAACAAACAUAAAGCCUCUGAGCCUAACAGUGGUGCUCCCAAGGCCAAAAUCCAGCCAAAGAAUCCAGAGUGCCCGUGAGGGGGAGAAGUGGUUAUAUGCAAUGCUGCAGUCAGUGACAGGGCUCCUGUGAACACGGCCAAGCACUCUAAAGGCAAACCUCAGAAAGCUGCAUCCAGAAAGAUCAGCAAAACUAAGAGCCAUGGGCAGGAAAAGACCAAAAGGACCAGAGGAAGAAACAAGGCUGAAGAGAAUAAGCAGUCAGGGAACAAAGUCAAGGCAGAAGAGAAGCCAACAAUUCCCGAGACGAAGCGAAAGAAACACCAAAUUGAGCUUCUCCAAGAGAGCUUUAAAAAGCCUCGAACCUCCCUAGUCGUGCGCAUGCUGGAGUCUGUGAAGGUUUUUCAUGCACUGGGGAAGAAGAAUGAUCAGAAAACUGGGCUCUCUUCCUGUCGGGUCUUGGGAAAUUCAAGCAACCCGAAAGACCCCCAGCCACCCCCAGCUAUCCAGCCACGGCGGCAUACCCCACGUGAGGGUAAGAGUCCUGAGAAAACUCAAGUCGAAGCCCAGAAACCAGAGAGCAGUGCUGAAACAGAGUGUCCAUCUCCAUCCCAGUAUGAGCUGCCUCCUCCUGGGAAGGUCAAGUUGAUACCUCUGACUUUUUCUGCCUGGGACAAGCCUCAAGCUCGACCUGCUCCUCGGAGGCCACAGUCUCUGGCCUCACAUCAGCCUGCUGUGGCUUACUGUGCCCAGCCUGGUUCCACUAACUCAGCUCAACCUGCUGCAGUCAAUUCAUAGCCAGCUCUUGCCUCUCUGCCAGGUCCUGCCAAACCAGCUCAGCCAACUGUGACCAACCCAACCCAACCGAGUUUGAACAACCAUACCCAGCCUAGUGUCCCUCAGUCUGCUGCUCCUAGGCCUUCACCCUACAAAACUUUAUCUUGCACUUCCCUCCAGCAGGAGCCCGUUCCCCCUGCUGUGACUAAGCGCCAGUCCCCACCCAAGCUCCAAAACCAAUUUCUACUCCAAGACUUCAGCAAGCAACGAAUUCCAUGGAGGGAACCCAAUGUGCCUGAGCCAGUAAUGUCAAAGCCCAUCGAACAAGAGCAGAGGCCAGAGCGGGAGGCCAUGAAGAGGCGGGCUCAACAAGAACGUGAGAAUGCUGCCCAAUACACCUCUUUGGGGAAACUGCAGUUUUUCAUUGAGAGGGAAAAAGAAAUGGAAAUUGCUGACUACUACGGAUAUUCCUCAGUAUUUGCAGAUGCCCAUCGGCGGCCAACCUGGCUUUCAGAGCACAGCACCCUGAGGUUACUGGUGGACGAGAUCAAACUUCUGGAGGGGCCUAAAUAUUAA